CACCAUGUCCCCCGGCAGCGGGGUGAAGAGCGAGUACAUGAAGCGCUACCGGGAGCCGCGCUGGGACGAGUACGCGCCGUGCUACCGCGAGCUGCUGCGCUACCGCCUGGGCCGCCGGCUGCUGGAGCAGGCGCACGCGCCCUGGCUCUGGGACGCCUGGGGCCCUGACGGCGCCUCGGACGGCUCGGCGGCGUCCAGCCCCGCGCCCGCCGAACCCGGGGAGCCCGCCGAGCCCUCGGCGCGGGAGGAGCGGCCAGCGGCGCGGCGCGGCGCGGGGGCCGGGGGAGACGCGGGCGCCGAGGAGCCGUCGCGGGACGCCGCGCCGCCAGCUCCACCAACAAAAGAUGCAGAAGAGAAACCUGAACAACAAAACGGGGCAAAAGAGACUGACAGGCUGCCGAGCAGCAACGAGCCUCGCCAGCAGUCUGGUGCCUUAUUUGCCAGAGAAAGCAAGAAAGCAGCCAGAAGCCCCCAGAGGUCCACAGGCCGGAUCAGGGAAAACAAGCACCCAUUCGCUCUUUACGGCUGGGGAGAGAAACAGACGGACACGGGAAACCAGAAGACUCACAACGUCUGCGCCUCCGCCCCUGUGCAUGAGAUUCAUGAGUCAGCACUACGAGCCAAGAACAGAAGACAGGUGGAGAAGAGGAAGCUGGCUGCUCAGAGGCAGCGCGCUCACUCUGUGGACGUGGAGAAGAACCGAAGGAUAAAGCCGGCCUCUGUAGAGAACCCUUGGCUGACAGAGUACAUGCGCUGCUACUCAGCCAGGGCCUAGCUCCUGGACAGCCGCUUCUGGAAGCACUCCUUAAAGAAAAGAGAGAGAGAGAAAACUAUAAAACUAAACCACAUACAUGUUGAAGAAGUCAACGAAUCACACAAGGCUUUUCUUAGGGAAUUUCCAAAAGAUGGUUUUGUUUUGUUGACGGUCACCUGCCUUAGCUGUAAGGCAGACCCUGGAAGCCAUAGACGUCAGGUUGUUGAUGACAAGUCCCCAGAUCUUGAUACUUGUUAUGAAGCACCCCAGUCUUCUAAGACAGCCACACCAAAUGCCUUUAACUGGCUGAUGACGCGUCCCAAGUGGCGUGCAGGUGUGUCUCUCUGGGCCGCGUCACACCCACCCUGGGCAGGGCCCUGCUGCUCCCGGGCACCUGCACAGCUUGCUUCGUGGGAGAACCAAGUGAAACGCACUUAAGCACUGCCCUGCCCUUCAUCACGAAGCUUCAAGUCUGGUAGCUCCUGAGAAAUUCCACGACAUAUUUAUACCCCAUUUCACGUCACUUUCACGUAGACUGUGUGAUACUUAAGAAUUUUUUGUGGCCAUGGCGAGAAUCACUUCCUCUUUAAAUUAUCAUCUAGGAACUUAUUUAAUAGUUUAGUAGUUCAGAUACAUUCCAGUGAGGUGCAGUGCAGUGUGUGUUUACAGUAGUAAUGGCAUUUCUUUUUUUAGUUAAGGAGUGUCACAUUCUUUUAAGUGUAAGAUUUCUUUGUGGAGCAAAGGAGGAACUGUCCACCACUUGUUAAGUCCAGACUUUUGCCACACCCCCUGUGUGGGCCCUGUUGUCCCUUCUGCAGUAGCUAAUCAUGUCAUUGACAGCUUGUAAUAUGAAAUGAAAUGAAGUUGUUUGGCCUGCAGGGCGUGGACCAGUAGAUACCACCAGCAUCCUGUUGGCCCCGUUCUUUGGGACUUCACAACAGCGCUGAGGUGCAGCACCAGGAGCUGCCACGUGACUGUCUGGCUCCCGCUCACUGGACUCUCCUGCCACUCCGCGGGAGAGGGAGGGGUGUUCAGGCACAGAACAAGCAAUGUUUUCUCCCUUAGCAGGGAAUGGCAAUUAGGGCAGAAAAAUGGUUUUAGAAACCACGGUCUGUGUGAGAUGGGUGUCCCACAGAGGGGACUUUACCAGAGGGAUAAGCGCCAUUCUUCCCCAGAGACAGGGAGGUCCUUUCCCAGUGCCUGAAGGUGUCCGGUAAAAACCUGGUAUUGGACAUGAAGCCAAGCAUCUCCUUGGUGUUUUUACUCUGUGUCUUUGAGUGUGAUAGUUUUUAUAGCACAGCUGAUCUCAUUCCACAUAACUGUCACACAGUGUCAUCUUGCUGCUGUAUUAUGCUUUGAAAAUGCAUACUGCAGAAUCAUGAAGUUUUUUUAAAAAGAAACUUUUAAAAUAUUUACAUAGUUUUGUAUAGUCUCUUAUGUACAGAGCCUUCCAGCCACUGAGGUGUAUAUUUAAUAAGAAUAAAUUCUACAUGUUGUCCAACA